AUGGCAUUUCGUUCAAAUGAUGGAUUUAAUUUCUCAUUGAAAGGAAAUUCUGUUCAACCAUCUGGUAAUUUAUCCUCACGUCCAUCAAGUGCAAGAAGUCAUUCUCAAUCAAAACAACCAAUUGUAACUUCAAGAACAGGUAGUGCUAGAGAUCAUCGAAUAAAUACGAAUAUAAGCAGUGCUCGACAAAGACGACAUAGUAAUAAUGGUCAACGACCUGCUUGGCUUACAUCACCAACACCAGAUGUUAAACAAGUAUAA